AGCUGUUGAUGCCGCACUGUGGAGAGUUGGGUGGGAGGGGGUACCUACUUCCGCAGGAUGGGGAACCUGGGGAGAAGGAGGAGCGUGACAGGAAAUUCAAUAAUGGACGACUUCCAAAGGAGGGAGGAACUCCUGUGAAAAAUGAUGAUGGCAAGAAAAGUCAGAAGAGCACUACACAUGCGAGCGGUGGGGACAAGUCAAUGCUGGGCACUGAAGCUGUGGACUAUAGGCUGCACGGAAAUCAGCCCUGCAGGCCGACUUGGCGGAGAGCUGCGAACAGAUCUGGUCUGUGUGCUGAAGCUGCCAUGACAGUCAAUAUAUUGGAAUUCUGAAGAACAGGAAGCCCGUCGCGAUGCAAUAUUUUCAACCUCAAUAAAGACAGUCGACCAUGUUAAGAAUUAAUGAAUUCUUGCUUCAAUAUGCCACAUACAGGGAGAAAUCAAUGAUGGCCGACCUUUGCCUGGUUUGAUACUAUCAACGAAAUAUAAAAUAUCGAGAAUAUUUCUUGUUUUACCUCUCAGGCAAACCUCAGUA